AUGUCCAGCCAUCCAUCAACUCGCUCUGACUCCCAAGCAGGUGAUCACAUUCAAGAUCUACAGAAUUUGCUCGAUCAUAUGAGCCUAGCAGAUUCAUCAGUCAGUACUGUUACUUGGAAGCGCAAGACUACAGAAGAGUCUAUCACACUCUCAAGAAACUCGUGCCCGCAAUCCGCACACAAUGCCAUUCCCGAUGGAUGGAUUGUGCCUCUUCCUACCACUUCGACAGCUCAAACACCCUCACAUCCAGUGUCAAUCCCCUCCCAUGUUCCGCUUGCUCCAACCCCAGACGAGAUCCGCCCACCACAAGCUGGGCUCAAGCCUGAGGGCUUCUGGGUCAUCAUCGUUGGGCAAGAAGUCGAUGUAUUUUACUGUUGGGCUGAUGUUGCGGAACGAACACAUUUUCAAGCUCUUCACGCAUACACCGUCAAGUAUAACGAACACAGCGUCCAUGCAGUUCCGAUUCCGGGUGGCCCAUUCUGGCCUAUGAACUCACCUGUAUCCCCAGCAUCUCCCCCGCCCCCUACAUCUCCCACAUUGUCUAUAGACUCGGAUGACUUGUGGUCGCAAGUAGAAGACCUGUCGGACACCAUGAGUCAAUAUAAAUUUGAAUCUAUGUAG